UUUUAAAGUUUUUGGUUUCAUUAACUAAUUUUCUUCUCUUUGUAGGUGCCAAUAUCUGUAGGCGUUUAUCUUAAUUCUGCUUAUGAUAUCAAAUUUAAUGCACUCGGUACAGUAUUUGCUAUUAUUGGUGUUAUAGUAACAUCAUUCUAUCAGGUGUGGGUUGGAGAGAAACAGAAGGAAUUUCAAGUUAAUUCUAUGCAACUUCUUUAUUAUCAAGCUCCUCUCUCUGCUAUGCUUUUAUUUCUGUGCCUUCCCCUUAUUGAACCUCCCUGGAAAUCAGAUGGUUUAUUUCACAAAGAAUGGUCAUUGGUAGAUUUGGCAUUAAUCUUACUAUCUGGGAUUAUAGCAUUUUCUGUCAAUUUGUCAAUAUACUGGAUUAUUGGUAAUACAUCUGCUGUAACAUAUAAUGUUGUCGGACAAAUGAAAUUUUGCUUAACAUUGAUUGGAGGGUACUUGUUUUUCACUGAACCAAUCUUGCCUAUUCAGUUUUUUGGCAUAUUAACUACUAUGUUUGGUGUGUCACUGUAUGCUUAUUUUAAGACUCAAGAUCAAAAAUUAUACACUGCACUACCAUAUACACAUAAGUGAAACUGCAUAUGCCAAAGAAAUUGAAAAUAUUUUUGUAUAUUUUAUACUAGUCUUCAUGUUUCUACCAAUUUAAAAUUGGUACUUUUGUACUCACCGAUUUUACAAUAAAAUUUAUAUUAUAUUUUUGUAUUAAUUUUAAUAAACCGCUUUGAUAUAGAAGA